CCGCCCUGAGUUUGCCUAAACAUCCGUCGGAAAUACUGUAUAACCCCAUGCAGGCAUUUGACAUCCAUCCAUGUACCGCGUGCUAUUCAAUGAUUCUGUGACUAUAAUACACAACGACCUUGCUAUAACCAAUACUACCUUUGAGCUGGACUAAAAAUGGCGCAGUAUUCCAUUCUACUCGGUGCUCCUACUGCACUUCUUCUCCUACUUUCUGUGAUGUUCGUGAAAGGCGUUCCACUUCGAGACCAUCGCCUGUCGACGACCGUAGACGAUGUCGCAAGGCGGAUCUUCAAUGAGACCGAAAACGAGCUAUUCAGCGGGGUCAUUGACCGGCACCUCGUUUGCCGUGCAUGCAAACGACUCAUCAUCAAUGGCCGAUUCGCAAUGAUAGUUGAAAAGACCGCAAUAUCGGAGUAUUUCACUGAUCCUUGCAACGACUUUUUCACCGACCAUACUGACCGCCAUGAUUGUACACUUGUGAUUCAGCAAAAGUGGACAAAAUGUAUAAACACAUUUUCGACUUUCUGAAUGCCCAGCGCUUGUGCAAGGACACUAUUCAUUUGUGUCCUGGGAAGGCUGAAGAUGAUGAGACAGACAACGAAAUACGUGAUGACAUCUUGGAGUUAACAUAUUAAAAAUACAUACAAAACGAGGGAGAUAUCAGUAUAACAGUCAACCUGUUCGUGUUAAUGGUGGGGUGGGGAGGGGGUUGGGGUGCACGCGUAUGCAGAAAGUGAUGCAUUGGGGAAUCCUCUUUUGAGAGGAGGAGUAUGGGUAGGUUUAUAUAGACCCCCCCCCCCAUGUGACAUAGACACACAGCACUUGGCUUUAUGUAAAGGCAGGGCUCAAAGUAAUUUUUGUCCACGGGGCUUUCCCCCCCCCCCCCCC